AUGGGGGUAGAGGAAAAUAUUAUGAAAUCAACGAGCAUAAAUGAAGAGAAUAAGAAGUCUUAUCCUAACCUGAAGGAUGAUGAGGUGGAGAUUGCAGAGGAAGAUACGACGUUACCUUCGCCAAAUAACGAUAUAGUGGAGCAGCCCCACCUGCUGGAGCACUUGUGGACCUUCUGGUUCGAUAAUCCGUCUGCUAAAUCCAGGCAAGCUGCUUGGGAUAGCUCUAUGCGCGCUAUUUACACUUUUCCCACCGUCGAACAAUUCUGGAGGUUAAUCUCUCUCUAG